AUGAAAAUACGUGCCUUAUAUACUGGGGUUGCCGGGAUCGUCGGGGUCUAUCUCAGCGUUGUCUCCACGGCGUUGGACACCAAAGCACCGCACACCCCAUACAAACAGAUCCCACGAGGGUGCGAUUGCUACACCGUGUCUGGUCCCGAACCCGGUUACUUUCAGCACUACAAACUCUGGGACUUUCGGACAGUGGAUUUGAAAAAGCACGCUCAUCUCAAUCUAUCCGAGCCUAUCGUAGAUGGCGACGGCGAGUGGGAGGAAUGGGAGGAUUUUGACGACAAUUACGAUGAACCUGAGAGCAUCGACACUCCUGAACUCAACGAUACAUCCCCGUCCGAUCCCACUUCAUUAGUAUUCUUCAAAACCUCGUUCGAAAGAGACUGGAGUAGUCAGGCGUGGGAGCGCCCCGGCACACCCAAAAGCCCAGUUCUCAUGAUCAACUCGAAGAACAAUAUCUUCUUCACCCGCGACCAUGAGCAAGUUGAUCCCCACGCAACGUACCUUGUUCUACGCACCACCCGCCAUGACGGCUACACCUCCACGGCAGAAAUCGAGACUCGGCUGCGUAACAUCUACCGUUGCUCACUUCGUGUCCGACUACGAUUCCUGCCCAGGGACUUUGUCAUGGCCCAACCACCCCAGCCGGGCGAAACGCCGCCUGUAAUCGCUAGUUUGAACGACAAGUCUACUGGCCCCAAUCAAAGAAAGCCAGUCCAUGAGGGCCUACCUGCACCUGGAGCUUGUGCUGGUAUCUUCACCUACCAUGACCGCAACACCGAAUCAGACAUCGAGAUCCUCACUCGAGACCCGCCUCACGUUGUCCACUAUGCCAACCAGCCAGACUAUGAUUUUGAAGCCGAUCGAGAGAUCCCAGGUGCAAGCACCAUUGCCACCUUACCAGUGCCAUGGACAACAUGGGCCACUCAUCGGUUGGAUUGGUUCCCUAGCAUUUCCCGGUGGCUCGUGAACGGUGAGAUCCAAGAUGCCCGAACGUAUCGGGUUCCCGACUUGCAGAGCAUGGUUGUCCUCAACCUGUGGAGUGAUGGUGGACUUUGGACAGGUGAUAUGAGACUCGGCGACAGCAUCUAUAUGGGGAUCGAGUACAUCGAGCUGAUCUACAAUCGAACCACGGAUGCCUCUAAUCCUCUGCAUGCGACUCCGCAAAAUCCACUGCAGAAUGCCAUGCAUAUGGAUUAUGGCCAUCCGGCCUCUGAUUCGAAGCAUUUUAUCUGCAAACCUGGUCGAGAGGGUCGUGAAUGUCGGAGACAGAAGUUCCUGAACAGACCUCGAGCGGAAUCUUGCCACAACCCUUGCAAUAUCGAUGCGCUUUGA